GAGAGCAGAGAGAAAGACACACGCACGCAGAGACACACGGUCACUGGAAUUCCAUUAGAAAAAGUGAGACGAGCAAGGGUUAGCGGGAGAAGAAUUUUUUGAAUCUUUUCUUCGUCUUGGUGCGAAAGAAGCGACUCGGGUCUCUCGUCCUCAAAGCUCCCACUGGAUUGUUCCUUGGCGCUUACACCCGUCGGCGGAUUUCUUUGCUAUUUGCAUUUUAUUCUGACCCUGACCCUCGCCGCCUCUUUCCAGCCCUUCACCCACACAUCGCCUCUCCCCCACCUCCCUAGGCCCCUCCCGGGAAGCGCUGGGGGAAUUGGACCCGCGGGGACUCGCGCCUUCCCGGACGAGCGAGGGACGGCAGACCUGAGGACCGGCUGUCGGCUGUCGAGCGGAUACACACACAAACGUGUGUGUUGGAUUUUAGUGGGCAGGGGGCGUCGAGAGGCAGCCCGCCGCACUCUUUUCCUCCCAGUCCCUCCGGCCAGAGGAGAAUCGCAGGACUCGGGAGCUUCACCCGGUGGACUAGCUGAGAUCUCCGCAUUGGAUUAGGGGCUGAUUAUCUCUGCUUGGCUAUUAUUGUUAUUAUUAUUAUUAUUUUUACCCAAGGGAGAAACAGAAAAACUGUGGGAUUUAUUUAACAUGAUCUUGGCAAACGCCUUCUGCCUCCUCCUCUUUUUAGACGAGACCCUCCGCUCUUUGGCCAGCCCUUCCUCCCUGCAGGGCCCCGAGCUCCACGGCUGGCGCCCCCCAGUGGACUGUGUCCGGGCCAAUGAACUGUGUGCGGCCGAAUCCAACUGCAGCUCCCGCUACCGCACGCUGCGGCAGUGCCUGGCGGGCCGGGACCGCAACACUAUGCUGGCCAACAAGGAGUGCCAGGCGGCCCUGGAGGUCCUGCAGGAGAGCCCGCUGUACGACUGCCGCUGCAAGCGGGGCAUGAAGAAGGAGCUGCAGUGCCUGCAGAUCUACUGGAGCAUCCACCUGGGGCUGACUGAGGGUGAGGAGUUUUACGAAGCCUCGCCCUACGAGCCGGUGACCUCCCGCCUGUCAGACAUCUUCAGGCUUGCCUCAAUCUUCUCAGGGACAGGGGCAGACCCGGCGGUCAGCGCCAAGAGCAACCACUGCCUGGACGCCGCCAAGGCCUGCAACCUGAACGACAACUGCAAGAAGCUGCGCUCCUCCUACAUCUCCAUCUGCAACCGCGAGGUCCCGCCCGCCGCGCGCUGCAACCGCCGCAGGUGCCACAAGGCGCUGCGCCAGUUCUUCGACCGCGUGCCCGGCGAGUACACCUAUCGCAUGCUCUUCUGCUCCUGCCAGGACCAGGCGUGCGCCGAGCGCCGCCGGCAGACCAUCCUGCCCAGCUGCUCCUACGAGGACAAGGAGAAGCCCAACUGCCUGGACCUCCGCGGCGUGUGCCGGGCUGACCACCUGUGCCGGUAA